GCCAAUCUCUUCACCGCCUACCGCAGAGACAGGUCCUUUUUUUUCUCUGCUUUUUUUAUGCGUCUAUGGAACCCAUUCGACAGCAGGAUAACUCGCAGAAGGACUUCCUGGCCUCACUGUUUCCCGAGUUCACUGGGGACUUGCAUCGUUCUGCACUGGAUGCUCACCAGACCACCCUCAACAGUGGGCUGAUACAAGGACAGCGCAUCCACAACCACCAACUGUCAAAUAGCGUGCCCUUCACCCCUCCUAUGGACCUUCUGGCAAUGAGCAAUCUUAUGUCCAUGCAGGGUAUGGAUCCCAAUCAACAGAACCUGUCCUCUGCAUCGACCUUCACACCCCAAUUGCUUCUCGAGCAACAAUACAAACUCACCCAGCUACACCAACUACAGCAACUCCAGAACCAGAUACAGAGCCAGAUAUUCCAGCAGCAACUUGCGCUUAUCAGCGGACAAACGACGCUUGCUGCCCAAGAUUCCAGUGCAGAAGCUCAGCGUGAACAAGUCCCGUCGGGUGCAUUUAAUGGCCUUCCCACUCCUUUAUCGUCCACCGAGCUUCGUCCUCUUCCUGAUUCCGAUUUCCUAAACCGUCUGAACACGCCGUAUACCAAUUCUCACCAAGAUUUGUACAAUUCUCAAGCGAUGGAUAGUAUUCCUUUGCCUUCCCCACAGGAGCCUGCAGGAACGAGUUAUUACAUGAGGCACCCAGGAUCCGCCUCCGCCCCUGCAAAUAUCGCUUUCCACAUGAGCCCCCCAUUCCCUCUCCCAUCUCCUUCCGAUCUUGACAUCGAUGUUUCCCCACUUACUAGUCCAUGGCUGGCUGCCUCUCAGCAGCAACCCGUCAGAUCAGCGGCCAAACGCGCCGCGUCUCCGAGCGCCGAAGAUCAUCCCCAAACGAGCAGGAAACGUCUGACCCCUGCGUCUACUGCCGCGAAAAAGACACCUCGGAAUGCCAAAUCGGCAACGUCAACCCCCCUGUUGCGCUCCGUCAAGGGAAGGCGGAACAGCACUAUUGCAGAAAAUGACUCUCCUUCACCCGUUGACUUAUCCAUGCCACCCCCUGCACCACCAGGCACGAAUUCUUCACCUCCCUUACCAACCAAUGCAGAUAUUGCGACCGUGCCCUCACAAGAGGAUACCCGCAUCACUCCAGUUACACCGGCUAGCAUCAUGAACCUGGGUCGACUGGGUGUCAGUAGUAGUCUUGCACCCACGUCGCAAGCUUCACGUGGGGAACCCGCAAAAUCCAAGCUUCCUGCGGAGACCGCCUCGGCCAAGGGUUCUCGGAGACUUACGCUACCAUUAAUCAGCCCUGGACCGAAACCCAUCCUUCCAGCUGGACCUCCAUCCGCGGUCAAUCUCAGCUCAUCGACGGUGUCCCAGCCCGUGCCACAGACGCGCAAGUCACACAAGGACGCAGAGCAAAAACGACGAGAUUCUCUCAAAACGGCUUACGAUGAUCUGCGUAUGCUCCUCCCACCGAUCCCGCUUCCUUCGGACGAAAACUUCCCAGACGAGCCAAUCUUACCUGGCGCACUACCGCCUCGGGGACCACCCAAGGCUGGUGGGGACGGUCCUAACAAGGGUGUGAGCAAGCUGCAGUUACUGCGAUGUGGGAAUGACUACAUAAGACGUCUCGAAGAGCGAGUAGACAGGCGCGACAAAGAGAUCAUGGAUCUGAGGAAGGAGGUACUGAGGCUACGCCUGUUGGCAGGCGACGACGGGCUCAGGGGCGAGGAAAGCAUUGAUCUGGAGAAAGACUUGGAUGCCAUCGAAGCAGGGAGCAAGCCACUUGGGCAAUCAUCUGCCACCAUGGGUGAAGACGAUGGAGAUGACGGGGAUGAGUGAAAGUUACCGACGGAAGAAGGAAAUAUGAAUGUAUUUAUCUUACUUUCGUCUUUUUGCAGUGAACAUAUGAUAUGUACUACGCUUCGGGGGUUGACCAGAAUCCAGAUGCGCUUUUUUUGCGAAAC